AUUGUUAUUCGCUGUUUGUUUGCUCCGCAGUCCACACUUCAUUUCUCAUUUUCCAUUCUUAUUUUCUCGAUUUCAUUCGCAAUUCCAACACAAAAUGGCAAAUGACGACGAUGCCAGCACGCUCCACAUUCUCGUCGCCACCGACAACCACCUCGGCUACAUGGAGCGUGACCCCAUCCGCGGCCAGGAUUCGUUCCACGCCUUCGCCGAGAUCCUGCAAAUCGCGCGCGCGCGCAAGGUUGACAUGAUUCUACUAGGCGGCGACCUGUUCCACGACAACAAGCCGUCGCGCAAGUGCCUGCACAGCGCGCUCUCGCUGCUGCGCCAGAACUGUCUGGGCAGCGCGCCCGUGGCCGUCGAGUACCUCAGCGAUCCGGCCGUGGACUUUGGCACGCAGUUCCAGAGCGUCAACUAUGAGGACCCGAAUAUCAACAUUGCGCUGCCAGUGUUUUCGAUCCACGGCAAUCACGACGACCCCUCGGGCGACGGCAACCUUUCGGCCAUGGACAUGCUGGCCGUCAGCGGCCUGGUCAACUACUUUGGCCGCCAGGCCGAGGUUGAUAACAUCCGUGUGUCACCAGUGCUAUUGCGCAAGGGUGCAACCCGGCUGGCGCUAUUUGGCCUGGGCAACGUGCGUGAUGAGCGCCUCCACCGCACUUUUGCGCGCAAGCAUCUGACCAUGUGCCAGCCGGCAGAGGACACCGCCGAGUGGUUCAAUCUGCUCGUCCUGCACCAGAACCGCGUUGCGCACGGCCCAAAGAACCACAUUCCUGAGCACUUCCUCAGCGGCUUUUUGGACUUGGUCGUCUGGGGCCAUGAGCACCAGUGCCAGGUUGAUCCUGAGUACAACCACCAAAAGUCGUUCUAUGUAACACAGCCCGGCUCAUCUGUAGCAACAUCGCUGUCAUCGGGUGAGGCCGUGCCCAAACACGUCGCUAUGCUGCACAUUAACAAGCGCAACUUCAAGGUUGACAAGGCGCGCCUGAAGAACGUGCGCCCCUUCAUCAUCGAAGAUGUCGUGCUGGCUGCUGUGCCCAGUCUGUCGCCACAGAGCUCCGAGGAUGAGAUUGUCGAGUUUCUGCGCCACCGCGUCGAGGCCAUGAUAAUUCGCGCGCAGCAACAGUAUAUUGAGCAACUUGAGAACGGCUUUAGCGACAUCGAGCCGGCCCUCGGCCUGCAACCAAAGCCAUUAAUCCGAGUACGAGUCGAGUACAGCGGCGGCUUCGAGAGCUUUCAUCCGCAGCGCUUUGGCCUCUUGUUUGCCGACCGGGUUGCCAAUCCGCGCGAUAUAGUGUACUUUUACCGCAAGGCUCGCGCCUCGUCGUCUUCGCAGAACCGCACAGCUGCCAGCCAGAGCACAACUGCCGGGGCAACCCAGGACAGCCAUGCUGGCUCCUCGGUGCCCGCGCCUGUCGACGCUGUGCAUGUUGAGAGUCUGAUCGGCGAGUUCCUCGACGACACCAGUAUGCAGAUGCUCGUUGAUCUUGAGCUUGCUGAGGCCAUCCGUUUGUUUGUGCAAAAGGGCGACGCGGAUGCCAUCUCGCAGUCACUAAAGUCCACCAUUAACGAGACGCAGAAGCGCAUCAUGGCAGAAACCGCAAACACCGUGAUUAGUGAAGCCGCGCUGGACGCUCACAUUGCCCAGGCACGCGAAGUGCGCCGACAGAAGGCUGCUGAUAGCGGCCAUGGCAUGGUGCACUCGUCCCGUGACGAUGCCAUGGUUGCUGUUACGCUGACUGGCGGCAAGCGCUCGGCGAUUAACGUGGCCGACCGCAAGGCCAUACGCGAAUUUGAGCGCAUCGCUGCCGCCACUGCUGCCGCCAAAAAGGGUUGUAUCAGAGGCGACGUUCAGGGAGAGCCUUCCAGUUGUUUGUCUGAUGACGAGAGUAAUAGCGACAGCGACAAGGGUGACAGCAGCAAGAAUGACGAGUUCAGGAAUGCAGGCGGCGAGCUGAAUCCCACAAAGGGCCGCAGACAGCCGAUACGCAAGCCACCAUUGCCGCCCUUGGGAUCAAUAUUGGCGCCGGUGUCGGCGUUGGCGGCCAGCAAGCGCGGUCUUGCGACCAAAACCAACGCCAAGGCGAAAUAUUUGUCCGACAAGGACAUGGCUGAUGAAAAUGAAGAGGAGCAGGGCACCGACGAGGACACAGACGAUAUUGCAAAUGUAAAGUUUUCGGUUCGGCAACCGCCAGCAAUGGUGUCGCGGCCAUCACGCAACGCGCGCACAACCCUGGCCUCAAGUCGCAGCAACAGCUCGGCAGUAGCCACACAGCAAUCCAAUGAUACCAGGGAAAUCGAAGAGAGCGAUAAUGACGAUGCUGAUAGCGGCAGCGAGAAUGUCACUGACCACAACGAUGACUAUGACGACAGCGACACGAUUGAGGCAUCCAACAAUGUGGGUACAAAUAAGAGACAGCGCGUAGUCCCAUCCACGCCCAGCGCCAAUGCCCAUGCCGCAACUGCUGCUACCAGGGGCCGUGGGCGCGGUCGGGGCAGAGGCCGGGGCAGUUUGGUUGUGACCGGGGCUACCAAACGAGGUAGCCAAAAUCCCAAUACCACUCAGCGCUCGAACUCCAGUCAAAUUCCUGUUGUCAACCUCGAUGACGAUGACGACGAUGACGAUGCGUUUGACAAAACCCCUGCCAGUGCCAGAAACACCGCUGGCAGCGGGUUCAGUCGCUUUUCGCUUAGAAAGAAGACUUGAGGCGCACAAAUGCUGGUUCAGAAUAGAUAAAAAACUAACCAAGUUGCUAAUUUUUUCCUGGUCUCAGUUCUUAUCAAAAUGGUUAAUUAUUUGCUUCAUUUUGUAGAAUCAACUGCAUGGCAGACACAAAGUAAAAUAAAUAAAAUGAGGCG